UUCUAACGUAAACAGUCGUUGCUCGUUCAAACGGCUCUCGAUAUCGGCGGAAUUUCUUUCGAUCCAAAUCGCACGCAUUAUUCUUGUUUAACGAGGCUGCUUUUAUAAAGCAUAUAAACUUGACGACGUUGCGCGACAAAAAUCAUCGAACGAUUGGUAUUUAAUUAGAAAACGCGAGGUAUGCCCGGGUUUCCCUCGGACUCGAACGAACGGUCAGUUACGUCGAAGCAACAGAUUGUUAUGUGAAGAAGAAAGCCGGUGCGUGUAGGGAUGUAAUUUGUCGUAACCAGGCCAAGAUAAAGAGCCGAAUUCCCGGUGAAUAAGAACGAUAUCGGUGAUAUAGAACCUACCGAAAAGUAGAAUGGUUCAUGUGGACGGAUAUAUCCCAUUUCCAUCCGGUGGACUGCCGAAAAGUCCGAGCUUCCAUCAGGGGUUGGCCUUAGCCACCGUGCUGCAAUCACGAGAAACGAAUAAAUCCUAUUUGACCAACUUCACUUCGCACUAUCAACCAUUACGACCCCUGUUAAUCGAAACACAACAAGGAAACGAGAGGGAAGAACUGUUCAUACAGAAGCUGCGACAAUGUUGCGUUCUAUUCGACUUCGAGUCCGAUCCGUUAUCGGACUUGAAAUGGAAAGAAGUAAAGCGUACUGCGUUACACGAGAUGGUCGAGUACGUUACCAAGAACAAAAACGUUAUUACAGAGGCGAUAUAUCCCGAAGCCGUGAACAUGUUUGCGGUCAAUCUAUUCCGCACGCUUCCCCCGUCGUCGAAUCCAAACGGAGCGGAGUUUGAUCCGGAAGAGGAUGAACCGACUUUGGAAGCGGCUUGGCCUCACUUGCAGCUGGUGUACGAGUUCUUUCUACGAUUGUUAGAGUCUCAGGAUUUUCAGCCCUCCAUUGCCAGACGAUAUAUAGACCAGAAGUUCGUGCUACAACUUUUGGAACUGUUCGAUUCGGAGGAUCCACGGGAAAGAGAUUUCUUGAAAACAACGCUUCAUAGGAUUUACGGGAAAUUCUUAGGGCUCAGAGCGUAUAUCAGGAAACAAAUAAACAAUGUUUUUUAUCGGUUUAUAUACGAAACAGAACACCAUAACGGUAUCGCUGAACUCCUAGAGAUUUUGGGAAGCAUAAUCAAUGGAUUUGCUUUGCCACUUAAGGAAGAGCACAAAAUAUUUCUAUUAAAGGUGCUCUUGCCUUUGCAUAAAGCUAAAUCGCUUUCCGUUUAUCAUCCGCAAUUAGCAUAUUGCGUCGUGCAAUUUUUGGAGAAGGAUCCAUCGUUGACCGAACCUGUUAUUAGAAGCUUGUUGAAAUUUUGGCCCAAGACACAUUCCCCGAAGGAAGUGAUGUUCUUGAACGAACUCGAAGAGAUUCUAGACGUGAUCGAGCCUGCCGAAUUUCAGAAAGUUAUGGACCCAUUGUUUAGACAAUUAGCAAAAUGUGUUUCAUCUCCACAUUUUCAGGUGGCCGAAAGAGCUCUCUAUUACUGGAACAACGAAUAUAUUAUGUCCCUUAUAUCGGAUAACUAUUCGGUUAUUCUGCCAAUCAUGUAUCCAGCUUUUUACAGAAACUCGCGAAACCAUUGGAACAAAACCAUACACGGUUUGAUUUAUAACGCGUUAAAACUCUUCAUGGAGAUGAAUCAAAAAGUAUUCGAUGAGUGUACUCAACAGUAUUAUCAAGAUCGUCAAAGAGAGAGGAAGCUCAUGAAAGAUAGGGACGAAGCAUGGAUGCGCGUAGAAGCUUUAGCGAUGAAACAUCCGAAUUACAAUGCUACCCAGAAAGGUGUAAUAAAUACCAGUUCUUCUACCAUAUCGCAGCAACAAUUAGAUAGUCCUCCGCCAGAUGAAGAUGGCGACCCAGAUCAAACUCCGCUCACAUUGGAAAAGAUAGAAGCGAAAGCAAAUGAGGCAAAAAAAAUGACGAAUUCCAAUAAAACAAAGCCACUUUUGCGAAGGAAAAGUGACUUACCCCAAGACACGUAUACAAUGCGGGCAUUGUCCGAUCACAAACGCGCGGAUGAGUAUCUUGUUACGCCACCGGAUCCCAAUAAUUGCUAGUCUCUACCGCAGUCUAUUUCCAUGUAUCCUCUCUUUUGCUGCAGUGAUAUUGGGAGUUAGCUUUUUCGAAGAGAGCGAAAUGUAAACAGCGAUGAGUCGGAUCUAAUCAAUCAAUCAAUCGAACGGCAUCAUUCGACGACAACUGUCUAUCGGAGAGUUUGAUCGUAUAGAAAACAACAACGUCGUAAUUAUCCCUCGUCCCCUCCCUUAUAUCAGAACUGUCGAGAUGUAUGUAAUGUUUUUUUCUUUGUACGGUAACGAAAAAAAAAAAAGCUUUCUCUCAUUGCACCCAGCACUUUUCGGAAGAUGUAUCCGUGUCCGUAGUAAUCUAUAAAAGGAAAAGAACACAGGUUACUUCCUAUAUACUCUUCGAGUUGAUUUACAUAAGGUAUCGCGAGAGUUAUCCAGAUAUUACAUACUCGCUAUUAAAAAAUCAAGAAAAUGUGAAUGAAACCUAGGUAAAUAAGGGUCCUAAGUAUAUAUAUAUACACACAUACAGAGUAUUUUAUAAAUUAUAGGUUUCUUGCGUAUGGAGAAAUCUAUCGCUGACAAUAAGACAGUUUUUCUCAUUGAUAAGUAAUUAAGCCAGCGUACGGUGUUUGAAGUUGAAUUUAACAACAAAAAGGUCUGUUUACAAAUGAUUGUUUUAAGGAAGUUGUCUUGCUUUUAGCGGAGGAUUUUCUUCAUAUCAUAGGAAUUUAUGGUUUAUCAAACACCUUCUAUACAGAGUGAUUCUAGUUAUCGAGCCAGGCUGUACGUCUAUUGUAAGUGAAGACAGAAAAAAAAAGACGAUAGAUAGAAACUUUGUAUGAUUUAACUAGUAUUAUUAAUAUUGUAUAGAUUGUUUUUGUUAAUGAAAUUAUAUGAUUCUUUUUCCCCCCAUGUAAAAGGAGGUGUUCAGUACAGUUUUUUCUUCACUUACAAUAAAGUUAUAGUUCAUUUCGGUCGCCAGAAUCAUCCUGUGUACAUACUCUAAAAUAAAAAGAAAUUUUAUACGAAUUCAAAAGGGGUCAGAAAAAAAAAAUGGCCACGUGCUUGAUGUUGUAAUAAAAGAAGAAUUUUAGUAUGCAAGUUUGAGGCGCUACUCUUCUGAGCGAGGUUUCCACUGACGCGUAAACGACAGACAUUAAUAAACACAAGUGAUAUAUAGUUGCUUCAACGCUACCAGCUCAUCAUUUAGCAGCAAACAAACAAACCAAAAAAAAAAGGAUAUAAAAAAAGAUUACAAAAAAAAUUCGCAAAAAGAAGUGAAAACGUCGUUUUUAGAGUUAGAUGAACGUGAUAGCACUAUUUUAGAAUAUCAAUUGUUAUAAAUCUGAAUAUUCCUGAACGUACUACUUUUAUAUCUGUCGUGCCUAGAUGCCUGUGGAACGCAUUCGCAAGAAUCGCCUCUGCCAGAGGCCUAUAAUUAAGAGUCGUUAAAAAAAAAAGAAAAAAAAAAUAAAGAAACAAAGCAACGAGUUACACGUGACGUUACCGAAUAGUAUAAAUUGACAUCAUGAAUUUUUUCAGGAACGCUUAUACGUACGUUGCGUCGUUGCCUCGUAAGUUUUUGCGGUUAUUUGAAACAAAAUAAAAGAAUAAAAAAAGAAGUUAUAUACUAGUUUGUCGCUGACAAAAAUGAAAAGGCAAAAAAAAAAAAAAAAGAAAAAGAAAUGCGAAGAAUAGAAACAAAUGAUGAAGAUUUAAAAAAAGAGCGUACUAAGUGAAAUGUCUUUAGUCUUUGCGCUGCUGGCAGGCUGUUAUGUUAAACAUUGUAAGGGAUGAACUUGUUGAGAAUAGAUACGAUUAGCACGUACAUAUUAUUAAAUGACGGAAAUUAAAACCAAAUGAGAUGAAUAUUAAAGAAAAAAAAAGAAGAAGAUUAUUUACUAUUUAAUCGUCCCUUCGAAGAAAAAGAAUGGCUGUUUUUGUUACGGAAACCAUUCGCAAUAUGAGUAUUCUUGUCGAUAAUAUGCUUUUAUUAUUAUCAAGUACAGUGUAAUCUCGAUGGGCCUCGUGAAUGUAAAUCUUAGAAAGAUUUUAUUAAAAUGAAAAAAAAAAAAAAAAGAAACUGUACCUUUUUAGCGAGAAGUAUUUAAUAAUAAAAACAGUAUUUUUAGUAAAACUUUUUUUUUCGAGUAGGAUACGUUUUUUAAUAAGACACCUUUAGAUAAGUGUAACUAGGAUUUAAAUUAUCUACGUAAUCAACUCGUUCAUCAGUUAUUUGUUUAAUUUCUUUCUUGUUAUUUUGUUGUAAUUUCAUAGAUUAGUCUGGAUUAUCGGGAUUACAUUGUAUGAUUAAACUGUUGAAGUCAAUCGUAAAGAGAGGAAAAAAAUAGAGUAGAUAAUAAUGUUUGAGAAAGAGAGAAAGAAGCGUCUUUUUCGAUAAUGCAUGUUUCGAGGUAUCGUCUUUUACUGCGUCUAUUCUUUCACAUGUAUCAUCUAAGAUAUAUUUUUGGAGUUUAUAAAUUUCAUAAAUAGGUCAGAAGGCUCCAUUAAACUUCUCGUGCUUGAAACUUCUGAAGACUGUUACUGGCUCAUCGUUGGUCGUGUAUUAUGGAAUUUCUUCGACUUCCGUUUUCGCACUCCGUGCCAGGCUUAGAAACAGAAAAGUGUGUAAAAAGAGUGAAAACAGAGAAAAUGAAAUUUCAUUUCAUUCAAUGUGUAGAUCGUUUCCUUGUAACACUCGUAUGGGUUUACCUCGAGUAAGUUUAAACAUUCAUUUUAAGCAAUGUUUUAUACGUUUUUUAUGAUAAAAGAAUCAGCCAACAAAACGAGUAUUUUAUAGGUAAGAAAGUUAAGUGAAGAAUAAACGAAGAUUUUUAUUAUGUAAGGGAGAGCAAGGAUUUUCAAUUCCAAGAGGAGACUUAGGCAGCUUGAAACUCGUAGAAAUGCCCUUUGUUCUCCCUUAUGUAAACGUUUAUUCGACAUCCGUUCGAUGGAGAAAGAUAAAAUGUUAAAUAAAGAAAAGAAGAUCCACGUGUACAGUGAUUCGCUUCGAACCUGAAAAAGAUUAAAUAACUGUAUAUCAAUGUUCGAUUGCAAAAGAAAUUUUCUUUCAAUGGUCGCUUUUGUACGAUCGAUUCGAUUCCAUGCAUGCAUAUAUUCCUUUACAAUUUGUUGGAAGCAUAAUUUUAUAAUAAAUAAAUCAUUAUAAUUAAA